UGAAAUGUCCAUUUUGAUGUCAUUCACGUCCGAAAGUUUGCAGACGGAAUGGGCUGAAAUCGACAAUAAAACACAACUGGAUACACUUUAUUAUGUACCCGAGAUAUUACCUGUCAACACCACCGCAGAGCUAAUGACGGCACAGUUUCUGUGUAGUAAACGAACCGAAGACGAAAGUAACCUUGACCUUUUGAUCUCUAUUACGUCAUCUUACAUCGGGACAAAGUUCGAUAUAAGUAUCAGAAAAACGAGUUCAAGCUGCCAAGUGGGAAAAAUCUUGUACGUACUCCGUGCAAAUAACAAGGAAGCAGUAGACGAGGUGUUGAGGGGUCAUAGAAACGGAUUGCUAAAAAUAGAUAUUUCAAGUAGUGUUAUGUCAAGUUUUAAAAACAUUACUAAUAUCGAUAUUUUACUUUUUGUACAACUAGAAAUGAAUAUAGAUGCCAUCACACGAUACAGAGAGGUUUAUGUUCCUUUUCAGGGAAUAGGGAUAUGUUCUCUGGAUUUCACAGCCGUCAAUACACACAUGCUUUCAUCAGUGUUGUACAUCAUUGGGACCACGAUGGUCAUACCAUAUAUCGUCAUACUUGUGUGUGGUAUUGGAGUGGCCAUGAAGUACCACAGUGGAAGGCUUCACAAUCACCUUGAGGAUUACACUUAUCUCAAGGUCCUCUAUAUUUGUGGUUUUACAAGUUUGGUUUUUUGUAUUCCUUACUACGCCACAAAUUUCCUGAAUGCCCGAGGUUUGUUAAUUUCCGUCAGUGCUAAUUUUUUCAGUACAAUGCUGUUUUAUAUGACGCCUAUGUGUGUUGCGGGGCCUUAUGUGUUUUGUAGACUGACUAAAAUGAACAUUCCUCAAAAACUGUUAUUUACCAGAAAGAAAUCAACCUUAAGUACAAACAGUGAUGAAACAAUAGCCAGUGCAAUACGGUUGGAGACGUUAUAGUGUAAAAUGCGAUACAUUGCCAUCGUAUUAAGGAGUGUGGCGAUACAACGAAUAAGAUGAAAAAAAGGAAUUGACAAGAGAGAAAAACACGAAUUGCAUUAAAUCGAGAUAAUACCUUAUAUCUGUUUAUUUACAAAGUCAUUGCUCAACAAGUCGUCAUAUUACAUAUACAGUAUGAUUAGCAUCAGUUGAUGCUAAGUUGAAAAUUGGGUCUCUUGUUUAUCUAAUUAAAAUAUGUCUCAUCACAUUCACUGAAAAUAUAACAUCUCACCACUGACAAGCAAAAUCACGUGCUAUAUGGAUUUUUUUCAUCCCGUUUAUAUUAUUAUUUAGCUCGUAUGCAAAGUUAUAAACAAGUAACAAUAUAAUGACGUCACUGAUUGUUACGAUGCUUUUGAUUGGCCAGUAGAGCUGAAUAAUAUUUUCCAAGAUAAAAAGUACGUUACUUCCCC